ACUUGCUAAAACCACUGUUAGUCAGCAGAGGCAGUACACCAGAUUUCCUUGUGGCUUUUAGUGGAAAAUGUUAAAAGCUCACUCAUUUUUCAGUUAUAGAAUUUUUUAGUUUGAUUUGGAUUAGUCACAGAACUGGCAUGAACCUUCUAAUUGUGAAGGCUGUCCAAAUGCACUAUUUUUUUCUCCUGCUAGAGGAAGUUACAUCCCGAGAAGUAGCUCAGAUCUCUGGUAAGUGUAACAUGUGAGCAUUACUAGGCAUUUCAUCCUGCGGGUCUGCAGUCUUUGCUCUUCAGACUGUUGCUCCGUUGGAAUGCUUCUGUGGGACCGAUACUGAGGUUCUAUAGAUAUUUUUUAAGGACCUACUCGUUUGGGGAUGUCAGUGGUGUUUUGCAAGAUCAUCUGAGGAACAGGAAAGCAUUUGAAAUCUGAAAAGGAUAACUGUGGCGGUUUUCACAGUGGAAGGAAACUAUAUUGGCAAAGAGGCAGAUGACUGAAUAAAGUAGUUGGCUCAAAGAAGAUGCACAGUCUGCUAUUUUUUUCUCUGAAUGAAGACUGUUUAAUGGAAGCUGUAUUCAUGUGGAGAUCAAAGGAAACACUGGAAUGAUACACUACUAUGUUCCCCCCCCCUUUUUUUUUUUAAAGAAAACAAAAAGCCUGAAGCAGUAAUUUGAGCUCAAAUGCCUUCUAAUUCCUUCACAGCCUGCUUGUUCUACUAGGAUUCUCCACUAACACCAUUUCUGCCUGGUGCCUGUGCCCUUUUGCUGGAGCAGCCACAGACAACUGCCUGAUGGAGAAAGAAUGAACGCUCUGCCUUGCUUAUGCUAUCGAUGGGAAUAAAGCUAACUGUGUUUCUUCUAUUAUAUGGGAAAUCUGGAUUAAUCAAGCUGUAUUCUAGUACCAAGAGUCGUAUUGUCUCUUGUGGUCUGACUCAUCACAUGUAAAUGUACUGCAGCUUUGCUAUUAAUGCAGAGUGGUUUUUUUUUUGUUUUUUUUGUUUGUUUUUUUUUUUUGCCCCUUUCCCAAACACUGAAAGAAUUGUUAACCUCUGAGCUUCAUUUUCAGGAUUUGUGCUGAGCUCUAGAUCUUUUUUCUGUGAAUAGUAUCUGCAUUAAACCAGUGAUGAAGAAAUGAAGACAAAUUAGAAGUGGAAACAGAAUAGAAAAUAAAUCCCUACAUUCUCCACCUUCUGGAAAUGUAUUGGUAAGAUAUCCAUCACUGGUGCAAGCUAUAUUUAACGGAGAUCCUGAUGAAGUUCGAGCACUAAUAUUUAAGAAAGAAGAUGUUAACUUUCAGGACAAUGAAAAGCGAACCCCAUUGCACGCCGCAGCUUAUCUUGGAGAUGCAGAAAUCAUUGAACUUCUUAUUUUAUCUGGAGCUAGAGUUAAUGCCAAAGACAGCAAAUGGUUGACACCUUUACACAGAGCAGUUGCAUCUUGUAGUGAGGAAGCAGUUCAGGUACUUUUGAAGCAUUCUGCAGAUGUUAAUGCUCGAGACAAAAAUUGGCAAACCCCUUUACAUAUAGCUGCUGCUAAUAAAGCUGUAAAGUGUGCUGAAGCUUUGGUACCUCUUCUGAGUAAUGUAAACGUAUCUGAUCGAGCAGGGAGGACUGCAUUACAUCAUGCAGCUUUCAGUGGACAUGGUGAGAUGGUCAAACUACUCUUGUCUAGAGGUGCCAAUAUUAAUGCUUUUGACAAGAAAGAUAGGCGUGCUAUCCAUUGGGCAGCAUAUAUGGGUCACAUUGAAGUAGUGAAAUUGCUUGUGUCGCAUGGAGCUGAAGUGACAUGCAAGGAUAAAAAGUCUUAUACACCUCUUCAUGCAGCAGCCUCUAGUGGAAUGAUCAGCGUAGUCAAGUACCUUCUAGAUCUUGGAGUUGAUAUGAAUGAAACAAAUGCCUAUGGAAAUACACCUCUUCAUGUAGCCUGCUAUAAUGGACAAGAUGUUGUAGUGAAUGAACUUAUAGACUGUGGUGCUAUUGUAAAUCAAAAGAAUGAAAAAGGAUUUACUCCUUUGCACUUUGCUGCUGCAUCAACACAUGGAGCAUUGUGUUUAGAGCUUCUAGUUGGCAAUGGGGCCGAUGUCAAUAUGAAGAGUAAAGAUGGGAAAACCCCACUACACAUGACUGCUCUCCACGGUAGAUUCUCCCGAUCACAAACCAUUAUCCAGAGUGGAGCUGUAAUCGACUGUGAGGAUAAGAAUGGAAAUACCCCUUUGCACAUAGCAGCACGGUAUGGCCAUGAGCUGCUGAUCAACACUCUUAUUACAAGUGGUGCUGACACUGCAAAGCGUGGCAUACAUGGAAUGUUCCCCCUCCAUUUGGCAGCCUUAAGCGGCUUUUCAGAUUGCUGCAGAAAACUUCUUUCUUCAGGAUUUGAUAUAGAUACCCCAGAUGAUUUUGGCAGGACUUGUCUACAUGCAGCUGCAGCUGGAGGGAAUUUGGAGUGCCUAAACCUUCUGCUGAAUACUGGUGCAGACUUUAAUAAAAAGGACAAAUUUGGGAGAUCUCCACUGCACUACGCUGCUGCCAACUGCAAUUACCAGUGCCUGUUUGCUCUUGUGGGAUCAGGAGCAAGUGUGAAUGACCUUGAUGAAAGAGGCUGCACACCCCUGCACUAUGCAGCUACAUCAGACACAGAUGGCAAGUGCCUGGAAUACUUAUUAAGAAACGAUGCAAAUCCAGGGAUCCGUGAUAAGCAAGGAUACAAUGCAGUUCAUUAUUCAGCUGCUUAUGGUCACCGUCUAUGUCUUCAGCUGAUUGCAAGUGAAACUCCUCUAGAUGUUUUAAUGGAAACCUCAGGAACAGACAUGCUGAGUGAUUCAGAUAAUAGAGCAACAAUAAGCCCUUUACACUUGGCUGCCUAUCAUGGUCACCAUCAAGCACUGGAAGUGUUGGUACAGUCUUUGUUAGAUCUUGAUGUCAGAAAUAGUAGUGGAAGAACACCCCUAGAUCUUGCAGCUUUUAAGGGCCAUGUUGAAUGUGUGGAUGUACUCAUUAAUCAGGGAGCCUCAAUCUUAGUAAAAGAUUACAUUUUGAAGAGGACACCUAUACAUGCAGCAGCAACAAAUGGUCAUUCAGAAUGCUUACGGCUAUUAAUAGGAAAUGCAGAACCACAGAAUGCAGUGGAUAUUCAAGAUGGAAAUGGACAGACGCCUCUGAUGCUAUCUGUUCUCAACGGGCACACAGACUGUGUUUACUCAUUGCUGAACAAAGGAGCAAAUGUAGAUGCCAAAGAUAAGUGGGGAAGGACAGCGUUGCAUAGAGGGGCAGUUACAGGCCAUGAAGAAUGUGUAGAUGCAUUACUUCAACAUGGUGCUAAGUGCUUACUUCGGGAUAGCAGGGGCCGGACGCCUAUACACCUGUCUGCUGCCUGUGGACACAUUGGUGUUCUCGGAGCCCUUUUGCAGUCAGCAGCAUCUAUGGAUGCAAAUCCAGCCACAGCAGACAAUCAUGGAUAUACAGCACUUCACUGGGCUUGCUACAAUGGUCACGAGACAUGUGUAGAACUGCUUUUAGAACAGGAAGUUUUCCAGAAAACGGAAGGAAAUGCUUUUAGUCCAUUGCAUUGUGCCGUGAUAAAUGACAACGAAGGUGCUGCUGAGAUGUUAAUUGAUACAUUAGGUGCCAGCAUUGUGAACGCCACAGAUUCAAAAGGAAGAACUCCUCUCCAUGCAGCCGCCUUCACAGACCAUGUAGAGUGUUUACAGCUGCUGCUCAGCCAUAAUGCUCAAGUCAAUUCUGUGGACUCUACAGGGAAAACACCUCUUAUGAUGGCUGCAGAAAAUGGACAAACAAAUACAGUUGAGAUGCUGGUUAGCAGUGCUAGUGCAGAACUGACUUUACAAGAUAACAGUAAAAAUACUGCCCUCCAUUUGGCUUGUAGCAAGGGUCAUGAAACUAGUGCCUUGUUAAUACUGGAAAAGAUAACAGAUAGAAACCUCAUCAAUGCAACCAACGCAGCCUUGCAAACACCUCUGCAUGUUGCUGCCCGAAAUGGGCUAACAAUGGUGGUUCAGGAACUUUUGGGAAAAGGAGCAAGUGUGCUUGCAGUAGAUGAAAAUGGCUAUACCCCAGCUUUGGCCUGUGCUCCCAAUAAGGAUGUGGCUGAUUGCCUGGCUCUCAUUUUGGCCACCAUGAUGCCUGUCUCAUCAAGUAGUCCUUUAUCAUCCUUAACAUUCAAUGCCAUUAACCGUUAUACCAACACCUCAAAAACAGUCAGCUUUGAAGCUUUGCCCAUCAUGAGGAAUGAACCUAGCUCCUAUUGCAGUUUCAAUAACAUUGGAGGGGAACAGGAGUACUUAUACACUGACGUGGAUGAGCUCAACGACUCCGAUUCUGAGACCUACUGAGAGGCUGAGGAGGAGGGAGUUCUCACAGUAAAGCUUCAAACUGUGCUUUUUCAGGAAAAAGGCACUUCGAUAUUCACGUAGAAAUUCAACCUAAGAGGAAAGAUCGCACAGUGAGCCAAUGUUAAGAGAUCUGAUGACAUUAGGAGGAAGAGUUUUAAAGGCAAGUUUUACAAAAGGAACUUCUAGAAUCUUGAAAUAGACCUGACUGAGGAAAACACAUUGAUGUCAGAAUUCUUUGUGGAAUUGUUUAAUUUGGUUUUGCAGUGCCAGGAACAAUUGGGGACACUGUGCACUCUAACCUGCUUACACAAGCAACACUAUUGUAACAGAAGAAAUAAAGACACUAGAUUUAAAUUUUAUCAAUAAAAUUACAACUAAAUUUAAAGGCAAUAAAAGUUUGGUACAGUAGGCAUUAUGUGCACAGCAAAUUGCAAAAGGACCAAGUAACUGAAAGGUUUUUUUAAUAAAAUGCCAUUUUGUGGAAACUGGAGUAGAUUAAAUGAAACAUUACCUAAACCAAACUGCAAUAUUUCUGGAAAUGAAGCUGAGAUUUGGUUUUAAAUGUUGAGUUUUUUUGGGUUGUUUUUUUUUUGUUUGUUUUUUUAAGAAAACAUCUGAAAGCCUUCCAAUGCUGUAUUAAACCAUGAGAGAAAGCAGAUGUAUUUUUACAUUUUUUUCUUUUACAGAACUAUUUCAAAUUUCCAAUUUUUAUACUAUUAGAAUUAAAAACCAGCUGACUGGGUGCAAUACGGGUGAAAAUACUUGUGACAUAGACAUUGAGAUGGAUUGGGGUCAGGCUGUUGCCCUGUUUUGAAUGGUUUGGGUUUAAAAUAGUACUAUUUUUGUUUGAAAAUGUAAAGAAUUUCCUAGAAAAAAAUUCAUGAAAUCAAAAAGUAGACUAUUUCACCCUAUUGCAGCUAAGUGGUCCUGGGGCAUGGAGUCUUCAACCUCUCUACUUUGAAUGGCACACCUUAGUCACUUAUGUUACUUUUGUGUCCCCACCAUGGGUUGGGGGAUUUUUUGUUUAUUCUGAUCUAUGAGUUUUGAAAAAGUGAAUAAUCAAAAGGAAAAUAAUUCCUUGUUGUUCAUAAAUUAAACAUCACUAAAGUCUCUUGAAAGGCAUUUCUGAAUUGGGCAAGAUUUAAAAUACUAAAGCCUUAGGUCCUAUUCAUAUUUAAAGUAGCAUGUUUGUAACCUGUUACUAUUUGGAGAGAGAAGCAGUUGCCUGCCAAAUUGAAGACUACCUUUCAAAUAGCAAAAGAGAGAGAGAAGGCUGAUAUUUCGGCUUUUAAAUAAAGAUUUGUGUGGUUCUGCUUUUACUGUAACUGUCACUUUCCCAGUGAAAAUGAUUUCAUAUACAUUGAGGGUCUUACAGGUAUGGGUAAAGUUCUAUAAAUUGCAACAAAAUGAUACCCAAUUUCAUUUUAUCCUUUUUGUAUUGUGAAACUGGAAACUUUAUGACAUUGUAAAUUAUCAGCUGGUUUUUCUGAAUAUAAAGUGUGAAAACACAGAACAGUAUUUUGAUCUAUUUGAUAAUUUUGUGGGUUUUUUGAAGAAUUAAUGAGCAUGUACAUAGAAAUAGUGACUGCUUGAAUACUGUAUUUACUUGCACUCUUUCAGUACAUCAAGAUUCCUGUAUAUUUUAGAGUAUAAUAAAACACAGAUGUGAGUUGUAUUUAA